AUGUUGAAAGUUUCCACUAUGCGGCGUUACUUGUCAUACCGUAUUGGUAGACGAUAGUAAACACAACGUUACAGCAAGAGUUCAAUUUUUCUUAUUAUUGACGUGAAAUUAAAUAAAAAUAACAAUGGACGAUGAUAUUAUGAUGAAUUUAGACUUAUAUGAGUUAAUUGGUACAGUAUCAACAGCUUCAGUCAAAGAGAUUGAAACUGCUUAUCGUAAGAAAGCACUAUCCUGUCAUCCUGAUAAAAAUCCAGAUAACCCUAGAGCAGCUGAUCUUUUUCGUGAAUUGAAACGAGCCCUAGAAAUAUUGACUGAUGAAUCUUCAAGGGCAGCCUAUGAUAAAGUUCUAAAUGGUCGCCUACAAGCUAAAGUUAGAAAAGCACAGCUAGAUUCCAAACGACGAAAAUUGAUAGAAGAUUUAGAAGCACGAGAAGCAGCCUCCACAAAAUGUAGUGAUGAACAGAAACUGGAAGCUGAAAUCAAGAAACUCAAAAGGGAGGGAGCUAGACUAGUUGAAGAAGAAGCAGAAAUAGCUAGAGAAAAGUUUAAAAAAAUUUAUGAACAAAUUAACAAAAAUCAAAGUCAGAGAAGUGGGCCAAAUGAUACCAUGGUUCAUAUCAAGUGGAAAGCAGCAAAAGAUGACCUAGAAAAUGGUGGAUAUAAUUAUGAUAAUCUCUACCGAAUUUUAUCCAAGCAUGGACCUAUUGAAGAUCUAGUAAUGUCAAAGAAAAAAGGCCGAGCAAUGGUGAAUUACAGAAACGUAUCAGAUGCUAUUUCAGCAUGUAAAAUUGAAAGAGGAUUAUAUAAGAACCCUUUAACCUUACAAAGUUUACGGCAGAAUGAUUCUACUAAGACAUUUCCAAGUUCUUCAUCAGUUCCUAAAGUAUAUACAAAUAAAUUAGAGGAGAUGGAAAAUUUAGUAUUUAGUAACAUCAAAAAAGAAGAAGAAAGAAGAAAAUUAGCAGAUCAACAGAUGAAGAAUAGUAGCGCAAAUGGAUCUUAUUCAAGCCAGUGUUCAACCAAGAAUUUAUUUCCAUCAGCAAAUUCACAAAACAAAGCAGAAAAAUCAUUUCCAAGUUUUUCAUCAGCUCCUAAUAUGAAUGCGAGUCAAUUCACCAAUGUAGGAAGUAGGUUUUCUAAUGAUUUGAAAAGAGAAGAGGAAAGGAGAAAACUAAUAGAACAGAUGAUAAAAGAAGAUAAUGAAGAUGAGCUAAAACAAGAGAAAAGUUGAUAAUGAGCAAUCGAAAAAUAUUGUAU